CCAUUUCAGAGGGGGGCGGUAAUAGACCAUAUAGUUGUUUGACAACCACCGGAAUGAACGAAGAAGAAGUUUUCUGUGACGCGGCUCUAGCUGUCUGUCACUGUAGAUCGGCAGCUUCACUGCAAGAAUGUCUCCGUAACGCUAAGGCUGAUGAGUCCCUGAUGCUGAUUUUGACAUGAUCCGUGCACCCAAGCCUAUGUAAAACCACCUUUCCCGUGUAUUAUAACAUUGACCUCAGACUGGAUGACAGGAGAUGAGACACUGCAGUUCUGCACAACAUCAUGAAUAUCCGGAGUCUGGGCAGAGCUCUGGGGGAGUCCCUGGGCUCUAGUCUCACUGUACUUAUGAGUGGAACAAGCGGUGGGUGGAGUGCUCUGUCACUGAAACCUGUUUCUUCUGGACGAAUCACGUCUUUGUAUCAAACCAUGGUCCCCACUGGUUAUACCAAACUGCAGGAGGAGCGAUUAGCCAUGGUAGACCUUGGAGUUAAACCUGAGCCAUUACAGAACGGCUACAGACAAGAGACGUCUCACACAGAAGGACGACGGCACACCGACCGAGUCUCUCGGUCUUCUGUGACUUUAUCUGAUUGUGGAGACAAAAACUACUCAGAAACUGAGCCAAUGCUGGCUGAGAGGAGACUGUCUGGGGCAGAGGCAGAUGAGGAGAAUGAAGAGGAUGAGGAGGAAGGGCAUGGAUCUGCUGAGCAGAAUAUGCCCAAGGAGUCACUCCUGGCUAUGGCAUUGCAAAUUCUAGUGCCUUUCUUUCUCGCUGGAUUUGGAACGGUCUCAGCUGGAAUGGUGCUGGAUAUUGUGCAGCACUGGGAUGCCUUUCAGCAAAUAACAGAAAUCUUCAUCUUGGUUCCGGCUUUGCUUGGCCUCAAAGGAAACCUGGAGAUGACGCUGGCCUCCAGACUGUCCACAGCGGUGAACGUUGGCAAGAUGGAUUCUCCAAUAGAGAAGUGGAAUCUAAUCAUAGGCAACCUGGCACUCAAGCAGGUGCAGGCAACUGUGGUGGGCUUCCUUGCUGCUGUAGCAGCCGUAGUUCUCGGUUGGAUCCCAGAGGGGAAGUUCCAGAUGAGCCAUGCUGUGCUCCUCUGCUCCAGCAGCGUGGCCACAGCUUUCAUAGCCUCUCUGCUACAGGGUAUCAUUAUGGUGGGCGUGAUUGUGGGUUCGAAGAAGACGGGCAUCAACCCAGACAACGUGGCCACACCAAUUGCCGCCAGUUUCGGUGACCUCAUAACCUUAGCAAUUCUGGCCUGGAUAAGUCAGGGCCUCUACAAGUGCCUGGAUUCCUACCCGUAUGUGUCGUCGCUGGUGUGCGCCUUCUUCUUAUGUCUGACCCCCCUGUGGAUCGUCAUCUCCUCCAAGCACCCAGCCAGCCGCACACUGCUCUACUCCGGAUGGGAGCCAGUCAUCACUGCCAUGGUCAUCAGCAGCAUUGGAGGACUCAUCCUGGACAAAACAGUGUCUGACCCAAAUCUGGCUGGCAUCGUAGUGUACACCCCAGUUGUCAACGGUAUUGGGGGGAACCUGGUCGCUAUUCAGUCCAGCAGGAUCUCCACCUACCUUCAUUUCCACUGUGCUCCUGGAGAGGUUCCUGACAAGGCCAAAGGCUGCUACCACCCCUGCCGCACAUUCUGGGGUACAGGAGCCAAUCACAGAUCAGCACAGGUUCUUCUGCUGCUGGUCGUCCCUGGUCACCUGAUCUUCCUCUACACCAUCCACCUGCUGAAGAGUGGUCACACAACCCUGACUACCAUCUUUACGUCAGUCUACCUGGCUGCUGCUUUGCUGCAGGUCUUCCUGUUGCUGUGCAUUGCAGACUGGAUGGUGUAUUCCAUGUGGCGGAACGGCAAAGACCCGGACAGUUUUUCCAUCCCAUACCUGACUGCUAUCGGGGACCUGUUGGGCACCGCCCUGCUGGCUCUUAGCUUCCACUUCCUGUGGCUUAUAGGAGACCAGGACAGCGACGUUGGCGACUGAGGCAGCGGAAGCCGCUGUCUUUCCAUCUGACUCCACACCCUUAAAGCCUUGCGGGAAAACGUCAUGUGCAACCGCAUGAUGGUUGGGAAGAUGCUUUCCGCUUUUGACGCAGAAAGACUCCAGAUUUUUAUAAGUUGAGACUCCUCUCUGUAGCAAUUCUAAUCUUUAGCUUUUGCACCAAAGCACAUGCAGUUUUUUUUGUCAGUUUGGUUAAAAAAGCAAAAUGAUGCAGGCCACCACAUACGACUGUAAAGAAAUCCUUUUGGCUGAUGCUAAGUCAACUCGAAGUCAAUUAGGUCUUUUCCUAUAAAUUCUCCAUUGACCAAAAUAUAUUGUGAGAUUUUUUUGUUUUGCCUCCAUCGCAACCAGGUGGCUCAGAGUGAAGUCAGCUUUCAAGGUAAAGGUUUAGAGGAAAUAUUCAGAAUUGAAAGUGAAGGUACUUAUUUUUGUCCUGUCUGUUUUUGUGCAUGUUCUCUUGCUCUUUGGGUCAUAAAUGAGGCUGGCUGUGU